AGCCGCCCGGCGCCCGAAGGAGAGGUGCAGUACUGUGCUGAGCUGGUGCGAAAGCGUGACUAUGAAGGGUUUCUGUGUUCUCUGCUGUUACCUGCGGAAUCUCGAACCUCUGCUUUUGCCUUGAGAGCCUUCAAUGUGGAACUGGCUCAGAUUAAAGACUCCAUAACUCAGAAGACUACGGGUUUGAUGCGAAUGCAGUUCUGGAGGGAGGCUGUGGAAGAUAUAUACUGUGAUAACCCACCACAUCAGCCAGUUGCUACAGAACUGUGGAGGGCUGUCAAGAGGCACAACUUGACUAAAAUGUGGUUCAUGAAGAUCAUUGAUGAAAGAGAGAAGAAUUUGGAUGAUAGAGCGUACCGUAACAUCCAGGAGCUUGAAACGUAUGCUGAGAACACUCAGAGUGCUCUCUUGUACCUCACCUUGGAAAUGCUGGGUGUGAGGGACAUCCAUGCUGACCAUGCAGCCAGUCACAUUGGGAAAGCGCAAGGCAUAGUUACCUGCUUAAGAGCAACUCCCUAUCACAGUACAAGACAAAAGGUCUUUCUUCCCAUGGACAUUUGUAUGUUGCAUGGAGUUUCACAAGAGGAUUUCAUAAGAGGCAAGCAAGAGAAAAAUGUGAGAGACGUAAUUUAUGACAUUGCCAGCCAGGCCCAUAUUCAUCUAGAACAUGCUAGAUCUUUCAGUAAGAAAGUUCCUGUGAAGGCAUACCCUGCUUUUUUCUGUACGGUUGCUUUAGAUGAUUAUUUAUGUAAUAUGCGAAAAGUGGACUUCAAUAUAUUUAAUCCAAGCUUACAAAAGAAGAGUACGUUAUUACCACUGCGUUUAUAUAUUAGAUCUUGGAAAAAAACCUAUUAAAGUUGGUUUUCUUUUAAUA